UCAGACCUCUUAUUUCAUUUGACGGAAUCGUGUCGAGUGGAUAUUCAUAAUAAAUUCACUGACGUGGGCUUAUGUGUUAAAAUUUACAUACAUACUUAUAUUGUGCUAAAGAAACAAGAAUCAGAUGUUGCAUAUUCUAAGUGAUCUGGCGAUAAAUAUUUUGUAUUUAAGUCUUCAAAUAAAUCAAUCUCAAAUAAUACAUUUUUUAUUGAGAUUUGUAAAACAUUUUUCAUUUUUGUACGUAUGUAUAUUAGCAAAUAUACAAAAUUAACACUUAAAUGUUUCUAUGGACUUGUUAACAAUAACGUCGCAUGUCAUCCCACGGCCUUGCUAAUACAUCAAUAAUUGAAAACAAAUCUUACAGAGAUUUAAAAACUAUUGGAGAUAAACAAUUUGUAACGGCAUUAAAUGAAGUAGAUUUGGUUAUGAGUUUAUCUCCAAAGGAAAUACUGAUACCUACCGCCAUUUCCCAACACCAUCAAGUGGAUACAUCUACCAAAUUAAAUACAAACGAAUCAUCGACACAAAAUACCGUAUCUACAGCAGCCGCGGCAGCGGUUGCACAUCACCAUCACAAUCUUUCAAGUAUUCACCACCUCCAAAACCUUCAAAGUCAGCACCAGAAUACUUUAUUUAAUAGUAAUCACUCAACACCAUUUAGCGUGACCGAUAUCUUAAGUCCUAUUGAAGAAUCGUAUCGCAAACUGGAACUGAACGGAAACCCGCCAUCUCCGUUCCGGUCCAACUCAAGUGGCAGUAGCAUUAAUUCCCCUGGAGCAUUAACUACUUCAACUAUGGCCAACCCUUACGCUAUGGGAUCUUUAUAUCAUAGCCCAGGAGUUCAAAGCUACUGCGGACCAACCGACAAUUUAUCACUUGCUGGUCACUAUACUGACAUGAGAAGCUCUGCAUCAUGGUACGGAUCAACCGCAAACGAUCCCAGAUUUGCAAUAUCUCGCCUCAUGAGCUCGUCAGCCAGUGGGACAAUGAGCCAUAUGGGAAAUAUGAGUGGACUAGCAGCUUGCAGCGUAAGUGAUACAAAACCACUACAGUUUCCUUUAGCGCAAAGGAGAAAACGGAGAGUUUUGUUUACGCAAGCUCAGGUGUAUGAACUUGAAAGGAGAUUUAAGCAGCAGAGGUAUCUAUCCGCCCCGGAACGAGAACACUUGGCCAGUCUUAUUCAUUUAACCCCAACACAGGUUAAGAUUUGGUUCCAGAACCAUAGAUAUAAAUGUAAAAGGCAAGCGAAAGAAAAGGCAAUGGCUGAACAAAACCAACAUAAUCAGUCUGCAAGCUCUCCGAGACGUGUUGCCGUUCCUGUACUUGUAAAGGACGGUAAGCCCUGUUCCGGAAAUACCAAUUCUACUCAAUCGCAAUCACAUGGAAAUAGUACCACGUCGGCAGGAAAUAAUAACGGUUCUAGUAAUAGUGGAAAUGCCAAUAGCGGAGGAGUUUCUGUAACUGCCAAUGUUUCGAGCGGUCUCAAUCUUAUAACAGGAGAUGCUCCCAACUCUCACUCGCCGGAUACAUCUACUUCCUUACUCGCUGGUUAUGGGACUGUUGGAGGUUCCAACGUUGCUAUGCUGCAACAACCCUGCAAUAAUACAUUGAUGUCAAAUAGCUUGGCAAUGGCGUAUAGAAACCAAAAUAAUUUCAUUUCGAACGGACACCAGCAGCAAUGUGGCGGGUAUUUACCGUUACAAGGGCGAGCAUGGUAAAACUGUAUGAUUAACGUUCGUUAAUUUUACUAAGUGUACUCUAUUCGGUUAUGUAUGCAGGAGAUAUUACCUAAAUACAAAUAAAAAUGUUAUAUCGGAUAUCAGAUUCAUUUAAUGAAAUAUACAUAUAUAGUAUAACCUUACUUUAACAUCAAUAGCAAACAAAUUUACUGAAAUAUAAAUAAAUAAUUACAAAAUAAUUGCUCAAAAAUAUUAUUAUAAGUGUAUAUAACUAGGCCAAUGUAUUUAAUAAAUAUCUAUUAUUGAAUGAUAUAUGUAAAUUCAAAGAGCAGACUUGGGUUACCAUUACUUAAAUUUACAAGGAAGAAACAUGAAAAAUUUUAUUUAUUAGCUUCUUACCUUAUAGAGACUCAAAAGAAAAGCAAUUUUAGAAAAAUGUUUCAAUUGGUUAAACAAAAGAACAAUUUUGUUUCGCUGGUAUCAUAGAAGCCGCUUACUUAAUUUUAAUUUUUUUUAUCUUUAAAAAAUAUAAAAAAUUAAAUAUUAAAAAAAA